AUGAUGAAGGAUCUCAUGAAGUGCACAUGGGUCGCAGCUUUGCUACCCGCAGCGUUUGCUCAGAAUGCAAGCAUUACCCUCGCCCCAGCAGCUACCGGCUUCGAUUCAGACAAUGCUGCGUUAAUUUAUACAUCUUUGCCGAUUCUCCUCGCAAACGAUGGUAGUGCAGCAGAAGGCGGCUUCCGUACGUUCUCUGCCUCUAACUCCAUAAACGCAACCACGUUCAGCGAGCGCUCACAUGAGAUAUCUGGGCGUACAAAGAUCGCGGUCCCAGUCUACGAUGUUGGCGGUCGAGACAUCAUCUUCAAUAUCCCUUCACCAAAUUCCAUUAUUCGCGCUUACGAUAUUGCGACUGGGAGCGAGGUUGCAGGUUCUCGGAAGUACCAGUUGGGUGAUUGGAGUGUAGCGCGACAUUGGCGCAGUCAGACAAGUGGAGAAAACUAUGUCUUCUUAUUUGGCAAGAAGACGGUCGUGCAGUUUUUGAUCAGGGGUGAUGGCGAUAAUUUGCAGAUUCUUGAGGUUCAAACGUUUCCCAUUAAAAUCGAGGGCGAGACGGCUGCCGUCUUCUUGGAUGGCCAGAUCUUCUUCUCUGGCGGCAAAGGCGACACGUUGUACUCUUUCCAGGCUACUGAGAGCACCAAACCACCUGAGGUUCGUAUUGUGGGCGAAAACGUAAAAGUCGAGGGACUCGGCGCUUACCACGGCGAUUCGAGUGACUAUCUCCUUGUUGCACACGACAAUGUGAUUGAAGUCUACGAUGCAAGCUUCAAGCAGAAGGGUUCUGUCAGCCUAGAGGGUAUUGCCGAUCUCUCAAUCGGAGGCGAUGUUUCAGUACUGCAGUCUACCUCUGAUAGCUACCCCACAGGAGCCCUUACGUUCGCUUUUGAAGGGCAUGACGAGACAGGAAUCGCAAUUGGUUCCCUGGGUGAUGCUCUCAGCGCGCUUGGGAUCCAAGCGAACACCGCAUAUGAUCCCCAUACCAAGCCGUGUGAAUACUGCGCGAACCCCAUCUCCGAUAAUUGUUCAAAAAAUGGGGUUUUAAGAAACAGCACCUGUAGCUGUUUUGCUGGGUUCUCUGGCACAUACUGCUCAAAUGUCACAUGUCAAAACGACUGCUCCGGCCAUGGCAGCUGCGACGGUCCGAAUGCGUGCAGGUGCGAGUCUGAGUGGGCCGGCCCCGAUUGCUCUUUUGUCGCGGUCAAGGCGAAAUACGAGACUGAGGCCAACGGCGGCGAUGGCGACGACCCAGCAAUCUGGAUCCACCCGACGCAGCCUGAGCAGAGCAGAAUUAUCACCACAACCAAAUCUCAAGGAGGCGAAGGAUUCGGGGUUUUUGACCUCACAGGCAAGUUGCUGCAGCACUCGUCUGCAUCGGAGCCGAACAACGUGGACAUCAUAUACGGUCUCCCCGUGGGAAACCGCAGUAUCGAUCUUGCAUACGCUGCAUGUCGGGGUGACAAUACCCUUUGUCUAGUGGAGGUCACUAGCGACGGUUCAUUGAAGAACAUCACCGGUGGCAUACAGGCCCUCCCUGAGAAUUACGAGCCAUAUGGCUCUUGCACCUAUCUCUCCCCCAAGACCAAGAAACAGUACCUCUUCGUGAACAACAAAAAGGCCGAAUACCUUCAGUACGAGCUAUUAGCAACCGCGAACAGUACCCUUCAGACAAAUCUGGUUCGCAAAUUCACUGGUGGCUCGGGCGGCCAAGUCGAAGGUUGCGUUGCCGACGAAGAUGCAGGCUAUGUCUUUCUCGGCGAAGAGCCCUCCGGCAUCUGGCGCUAUGGGGCCGAGCCUGAUGCAUCGAACGAGGGUCUCCAGUUUGCCAAAGUCGGCGAUGGUGGACUCCAUGCUGACGUUGAAGGCUUGACGCUCGUCACUGCGAAGAACGGCACGGGCGGAUACAUCAUGGUGAGCAGCCAGGGGAUCAGCGCGUACCUGGUGUAUGAGCGCGCGCCGCCACACGAAUAUGUCACAACGUUCACUAUCGUCGACAACGAAGAGAUGGGCAUCGAUCAUGUCACCAACACCGAUGGUCUGGCAGCCGUGCCUAAUAAGCUCAAUGCUGACUAUCCUUACGGUCUGCUUGUGACCCAUGACGACGCAAAUGAGCUUGCCGGUGGUGGCACGAGCGCUGAGGCCAGCUUCAAGCUGAUGAGCUUGGUCGACGUGCUUGGUGAGGAGAGGGCGAAAGCACUGGGCUAUUAG